AUGAGACCCCUGACUGAAUGGAGUUACAGAAUUCAAGGAUGUGAAUGUAUGAUAGAGAGGGACCAGAGCGAGUGUCUUGCUGAAGAAUUGAAUACAUGGUUUUUCCCAACCGGAAAAGGGAAAGAGAGAUGCGGGGGCAUAAUUCUCAAGUUACAAGGACAUGCUGGGACCGAGGCUGCACAUGCCGCUGCCAGGAUGGGUGCGAACACCCUGUUGUUGACCCACAAGAUAGAGACAAUUGGAGCCAUGUCUUGUAAUCCUUCAUUUGGUGGAAUUGGCAAAGGACAUCUGAUGAAAGAAGUCGAUGCUCUUGAUGGUCUCUGUGGCCGUGCUUGUGAUGAAACUGGGAUCAAUUACAGAAUGUUGAAUACCAAGAAAGGACCCGCUGUUUGGGGCCCACGUGCACAGAUUGAUCGUACUUUGUACAAGAAUUUUAUCCAAAAGGCUCUCCUCACUCUGCCUGGAUUGACUGUCGUAGAAAGUCCUGUUGAAGACCUUCUACUGAAAGAAUCGGUUUCUUCAGAACAUAGUUUGGCCACACAAGAAUGUUUCGGUGUUUUGUUGGAAAAUGGAACCCAGAUGUUUGGCAAAACUGUUGUGUUAACGACAGGAACAUUUCUGCGAGGCUGCAUCACCGUUGGACUGAGUUCAAAGCCCGCAGGUAGACUGGGAGAUGAACCAGCUGUGGGUCUUGCAUGUUCCCUUGAAAAAGCAGGCUUCAAGAUGGGGAGAUUAAAAACAGGCACUCCGCCACGUCUGGAUGGUCGUACUAUUGAUUUCUCCAAGACAAUUGUCCAGCCUGGUGACAAUCCUCCCAUGCCGUUCUCUUUCCUCAACGACAAAGUCUGGAUAAAGCCUGAAGACCAGUUGUUAUGUUAUCUCACCUACACGACACCCAAGGCAGCUGAGAUCGUUAAGAAGACUCUACACCUGAAUAAACAUGUGAAAGAGGAAACCGUUGGCCCAAGGUAUUGUCCGUCCUUUGAAGCAAAAAUCAUGAGAUUUGGGCCCAAAAGCCAUCCAGUAUGGCUUGAACCUGAAGGUUUAGAUUCAACAACUUUUUCCCCAAUAUAUUGGGGGAAACUUUAUUUUCUUCCUGCGAGAGAAUCGUCUUUUGAAGCUAUAAAUCGUUCAAAUGCUGUUAUCAGUGCUUUCAUACGUUUUGUAAUGGUUGAAAAGUUCAAGAUAGCAAGAUAA